CACAAGUGUCGCGCUGUGUAGAAAGUGGACUAUUUGUAAAUAUUGUAUAAUUGUAAAUAAUCCGUGUUUCAUGUUUUCAAAAUAAUAAUUUACAUAUUUAAUUGUUCGUGUAAGUGCUUAAUGGAUGUGAAGGUGAUAUAAAGCUGAGAAAGAACGGUGAAAUCGCAAUGGUGAUGGAAGCCGAUCCAAUUCCUGAAAAACACACGGACGAACGCGUCCUACCUCAGCUGAAACCGCGCGCGGGCGGCGAUGUCAACGUUAUACCAGAACGCUCAGUCAGCUCUCUGGACCUCAUGUCGUACUCCACGCCUUCCAACUUAGUCCUCACACCAGCCCCAGAAUGUCGAAAGCUGUCCCGAGGUAUCUCCAGAGCUACAGAUAAUGAGGGUCUGGUGUGGGCGCUUCGUAGCAACACUGAGCCUGACCUGCAGACCCUAAGCUCUGAACACAUACUGUUGCUGCCUGAUAUAUCCAUAUACCCUCCGGAAUUCAGAACGUUCAUCGAAAAAGACCUCCUCGAAACAGCCACACUCCACACACUAGAGUCUUCCUGCAUCCUCAACUGGUGGCGUCAAGGUCGCGUCCCGGGCGCCCCAAGACUCCUACCAUUAGCUACUUCUGGAGACGGGAAUUGUCUGCCUCAUGCAGCGUCGCUAGCUGCUUACGGGUUCCAUGACAGAUUACUGGCGUUGAGGACGAAGGUUCAAGCAUUGCUGUGUGGAGAAGGAGGUGAUGCGCUUACAAACGCCAUAAAGCGCCGCUGGCGAUGGUCAGAAAGCCUCUCCCUCCGAAGCGCGGGCCUCACGCCCUCCGAAGCAGAAUGGGAGCGAGAAUGGCAAGACGCAGUUCGCGCCGCCUCCGCGCAACCCAGACCCAAACCCGCGCCCAGCGCAGCACCUCACUAUGACGGCUUGGAGCAACUUCAUGUGUUCGCUUUGGCUCAUGUGAUGAGAAGACCAGUUAUCGUCUUUGCUGAUGUCGCUUUGAGGGAUUUCCGCGGCGAUCCAGUAGCCCCCAUUCCAUUCGGCGGCAUCUACCUCCCCCUGGAACUCGAACCCGCCGCCUGCAGCAAAGCGCCCAUACUACUCGCCUACGACGCAGGACAUUUCUCAGCACUAGUUCCCUGCGAGCCACUACCUACUGACGGGGCUAGGGUCCCACUAGAAGAUAGUACGGGAACUGCUAUGCCUAUCAGAUUCAACGUAGACCCAGGCGAAGAUUUCCGCUGGGACACCGAACCAGAUCAAAAAACCAUAAACAACCUCCUCCCCGACGAAUACCAGCGUUCAGCCAUGAUGGCCGCCUAUCUCGACCUAGAACGCGUCGAGUGUCUCUCACAGAACCCGCCGCCUGAAGAACUCAGAAGAUCACUCGACGCACUAUCAACAAAGAGUUCCAAACAGCUGAAUUCCGUCGCUAAACAGUUCGGAAGCAUCGGCAGGUCUAUGAGCAGUAAAUUAAAGAAGAAUUUUGGAUCCAUGGCGAAGUUGACAGGGAAGAGUCAGAGUAACCCUGAAGAGGGGCUGAUGAGACGGCAAAGUACUUGUGAAGUGUUGUGCUGCAGGGUGUUAGCGGCUAGAGCACCGGUGCAAGAGGAAAUGGUCAAGAAUUACCUGAAUGAGGCUUGGAUUAGUUUCACGGCGGAGAAGAACCGGCGCGCCUCCCCUCCUGGGCCGCGCUACGGCACGGGGCGCUCGCAGUUCUACGCCGACGCGGGCUCCACCUCGCACCAGCACGCGCGCACGCUCUCCAACAAGCCCGCCCGGCCCGCGCCCGCGCCCGACAGGACGCUGUACCUGUCCAAGUCCACCUUCUACGACGACCGCCCGCCGUCGCCGAAGCCUUGCAAGGCGCAGCUGUGCAUGUACUACGGCAGUCCGGAGAACGAUGAUUAUUGCUCUAGGUGUUCGAGAUUGCAGUAUGAAUAACUCAGUGCUUCCUAGUGGUGUUGCGGAUUUUGACAACAUCUAAAAUAAAAACAGACUCGAUUCAAACCUGAACUGUGCUGUAAUAAAAAAAUGCAAAAGAAUACUAAACGUUCGAUAACGAUUAUAUUACCUAUACGAACGCCGAAAUUAAAAACGUGCUCCCGACUUUUAUAAAACUUUAAAAAACGACUAAAAAGUAUAAUUUUUUACCCGAACUACGAAAUCUACGAACCUGAAAAUUACCGUGACGUGACAGUUGUACACCAUACCCAUAA